UGUUUUAACUUUACAUCAUCAGCCCUAAUGGAUGACUCAAAGAGGACACACCGCCUUGGUUGACCAGGGAGUGGUGCCAUUAGCUUACCUGUCUCCCUGUACCAGGUCACCUUGAAGACGCACCGAGGAUAAGGCCAUUGGAAAGAGGACUGCAAACAAGUGCUCAUAUAAUGUCCCACACUGGCCUAUCGUAAUGCAAACUCUGGACGAGACUCCCUUGCACCUGUUACAGCCUCGAAGGCAGUGCAUUCGAUGUGGAGGAGAGGUAGAGAUCACACAGGCACAGAGCAGGACUCUGUGUGUAUGCCGAUGCUACUCUAGACAUGAGAUGGCAGCGCAGAGACAUAGAGACAUGGCCCUAGGCAUGCAGAGUGUCCGGCAGGAGAAGGGCCACUGGGCAGCAGGGCGGGCUGGAGACAUUGAUUUCAUUGGGUCCAGCAGGACCAGAGGCAAGUUUGUGAGGGUCCGCAGCUCCACUGAUCCUGCCCAGAUCUAUGAGUUGCUCACUGAGCAGUGGGGGCUUUCUCCACCUCACCUGGUGGUGGCGCUGGUUGGUGGAGAUGAGCUGACACAGAUGAAGCCAUGGCUGAGGGACACAGUGAGGAAAGGCCUGGUGAAGGCCGCUCAAAGUACAGGUGCAUGGAUACUCACCAGUGGCCUUCGCUUUGGCAUCACCAAACACCUCGGACAGGCAGUGAGGGACCACUCUCUCGCCAGCACAUCCUCAAAAUUCCGUGUUGUGGCUAUAGGCAUUGCACCAUGGACCAUGAUCCAGAACAGAGACAUGCUGCUUACUGCCAGGCCAGAUCAGCCAGCAGCCUACCCCACAGAGGACUUGCCUCAUGGGCCUGUGUACUCCCUGGACUCCAACCACUCCCAUUGUGUCCUGGUGGAAGAGGAUCCCCAGCGUCCAGGGGCCACCAGUGAAAUGAGAGUCAAAUUCCUCAAGCACAUCUCCCUGCAACGCACUGGAUAUGGGGGUACAAGCAGCUUUGAGAUUCCAGUGCUGUGUUUGUUAGUUCAUGGAGAGCCAAGGAUCCUCCAGAGAAUGUUCAAAGGGAUUUUGAACGCAACACCUUGGUUGAUACUGGCAGGCUCAGGGGGCGUGGCAGACAUCCUUGUGACUCUGAUGAAUAGAGGAUGCUGGGAUUCUGACGUGGUUCAGGAGUUACUACAGGACACCUUCCCCAGUGGGCAUCACAGCACUGACAUCACUUCCUGGGUGAAGCUGAUUCAGAAGAUACUUGACCAUGGCCACCUGUUAACUGUGCAUGACCCAGAACAGGAGAGCUCUGAAUUAGAUACUGUCAUCCUCAAAGCCUUGGUGAAGGCUUGCAAAAGUCAAAGCCAGGAAGCUCAGGACUUCCUUGAUGAGUUGAAGUUAGCCGUGGCGUGGAACAGAGUGGACAUUGCCAAGAGUGAAAUCUUCAAUGGAGACGUGGAAUGGAGGGCCUGUGACUUAGAGGAGGUCAUGAUGGACGCACUGGUCAAUGACAAGCCAGACUUCGUGAGACUGUUUGUGGACAACGGUGUGAACCUGGGGGAGUUCUUGACCUACGGCCGCCUGCAGGAGCUCUACUGCUCCGUGUCGGAGAAGAGCCUGAUCCACUUCCUGCUGCUGAAGAAGCUCCAAGAGAAGCAGAUGAUCCUGGCCUCAGCCCGCGUCCCCGGCCCAACCCAUUCAGAACCAGGAGACCGACGGGCUCGCUUUACACUCCACGAGGUCUCCAAAGUCCUGAAAGACUUCCUCCAUGACUCCUGCAAAGGCUUCUAUCAGAAGCUACCAGCAGAGAAAGGAAGCAAAAGUCGCCUCUUUCAAAGUCACAAGAACCUUCCGGAUAUGGAGCAACGUUGUGAGAAUCCCUGGAGAGAUCUUUUCUUGUGGGCUAUCCUGCAAAACAGACAGCAGAUGGCCAACUACUUUUGGGCUAUGGGUCCAGAAGCAGUGGCUGCAGCUUUGGCUGGCUGUAAAAUACUGAAGCAAAUGGCCCAUCUGGAAUCAGAGGCAGAGUCAGCACGGAGUAUGAAGGAGGCCAAGUAUGAGCAGUUUGCACUGGAUCUCUUCAGUGAGUGCUACUCCAACAGUGAGGACCGGGCCUAUGUGCUGCUGGUGAGGAAGACCCACUGCUGGAGCAAGUCCACUGUGCUCACUCUGGCAACAGAGGCAGACGCCAAGUGCUUCUUCGCCCAUGAUGGUGUGCAGGCCAUGCUGACGAAGAUCUGGUGGGGAGCCAUGACGACAGACACAUCCAUCUCCAAACUGGUGCUCUCAUUCUUCUGCCCUCCUCUCAUCUGGACCAAUCUCAUCAAGUUUAGUGACCAGGAGCUGGAGAGUAGAGGUGGUGGGGAGGAGUUUGCAGAGCUGGACAGCCUGGACACAGAGAAAGCCCUACUGCUUACUGAUGAGGAUCCACUGGGCUCGGAGGCCGUGGGCAACCCAGGCACUGAGAGCCAUACUGCAGCCUGGAGUCGCUUCCUCCUCCGCCGCUGGCGUCGCUUCUGGGGCGCGCCCGUCACCGUCUUCCUGGGCAACGUCAUCAUGUACUUUGCUUUCCUGAUCCUCUUCACCUAUGUCCUCCUCCUGGACUUCCGUCCCCCGCCGCCUCUAGGUCCCUCUGGGGCAGAGAUCAUGCUCUACUUCUGGGUGUUCACUCUGGUGCUGGAGGAGCUCAGGCAGAGUUUCUUCACGGAUGAGGACUCCAACAUCCUGAAAAAGCUGAAGCUCUAUGUUGAAGAUAACUGGAACAAGUGUGACAUGGUGGCCAUAGGUCUUUUUGUUAUGGGGGUGUCCUGCAGGAUGGUGGAGAACACAUAUGAAGCAGGGCGCACUGUCCUUGCAUUGGACUUCAUGAUCUUCACUUUAAGACUCAUCCAUAUUUUUGCCAUACACAAGCAACUUGGGCCCAAGAUCAUCAUUGUUGAAAGAAUGAUGAAAGAUGUGUUCUUCUUCCUCUUCUUCCUGAGUGUGUGGCUGAUAGCCUAUGGUGUGGCCACACAAGCUUUGAUGCACCCCAAUGACCCCCGCUUGGACUGGGUCUUCAGACGAGUUCUAUAUCGCCCCUACCUCCACAUCUUUGGACAGAUACCCCUGGAGGAAAUAGAUGCGGCCCACAUGCCACAGACCAAUUGCACCAUGGAGCUAGGAGAGAUCCUAAAGGGUACCCUCCCGCCAUGCCCCAACAUCUAUGCCAACUGGCUAGUCAUCCUGCUGCUGGUCAUCUACCUUCUGGUCACCAACGUGCUGCUACUCAACCUGCUGAUUGCUAUGUUCAGCUACACCUUUCAGGUUGUGCAGGGAAACACAGACAUCUUCUGGAAGUUCCAGCGUUACAACCUGAUAGUGGAGUACCACAGUCGCCCCGCCCUGGCCCCUCCCUUCAUAAUCAUCAGUCACUUAUCCCAACUGGUCCUCAGCCUGUUCAAGAAGACAGAGUCAAAGCUGGAGGAUCUCGAGAGAGAGUUGCCUAUGGUACUGGACCAGAAGCUCAUGACAUGGGAGACGGUACAGAAGGAGAACUAUUUAGCCAAACUGGAACGCCAGCACUGGGAGAGCAGUGAGGAGAGACUGAAGAGCACAUCCUCCAAAGUACAGAGUGUACUGAAAACAGUCGAAGGAUUCAAGGAACAGGUUAAACGUCUGUCAUCUAUGGAAGCUCAGGUAAAAUACUGGAUUGCUGAAUGUUUCAAUCAGAGCACCUCUAAAUGGGACAGAGACGCCCCCAAGGAUUCACGUUCUAAGGCUAGCAGCAGCAUUGCUCCACAGCCACAGCCCAGUCUAACGGCGAAACAGGAGAGUGGUAUACACCUGGGAUAUGGAGCCAACAAGAAGCUCCCCUACAUCGAUGAGUGACGGACAGUUUAGGAGAGUUCAUGUUGAAGGCUAAGGAUUGUAAUCGAAU